AUGAUGGUCAGUGGUGGUACUUUGGCCGGCGCCGCCAUUGUCACCGUAGUAGUAAUAGUAGGCGUCGUUGGUUCCAUUACCGGCGACGUAGUAGUAGCCGGCGUCAGCUUGCUGGCCGGCGCUGAACCCCUCGCCCCCCGUGCCACUCAUGGCAGGAUCAUUAGGAUCGUGGUAGCUCGGGCCCGGCUGGUACCCCAUCUGAUAGCUGGGCCCCGGAUCUCCCAUCUGGUAACUUGGGCCCGGUUCUCCCAUCUGGUAGCUCGGGCCGGGCCUGUAUUCCAUUUGGUAGCUCGGGCCCGGCUCUCCCAUGUGGUAGCUCAUUUGGUAGUCGUGCUGGUCUUCGGCGGACUGCUCGUUGAGGUACUCUUCCUCCUUGAGCUUCCUGUCCGUGAGCUUGAUGCGGCUGAUCACGGUGGCGGACAGCGGCGGGUGGACGAGCUGGUACUCGUGCAUCACCCACCCAGCCGCCUUCCCCUUCCCUUUCUUCCCAUCGCCAUCGUCGUCGCCGUGCUCGUCCUCGUCCUCGUCGCCGUCGACCCUGUAAGUAAGGACCCGCCGACGCCGCCUCGGACGGAGCGGUCGCGGCGGCCGCCGUUCUUGGACUUGUCGGUGGGCGGGCAGAGGAAGAAGGCGUGGUGGCUGUCCCCGUGGCCGUGCUUCUCCAGGAGCUCCUUGGGCGGGAGGCUGUCCGGGUCGUCCUCGAGGAUCACGUGGGAAUUGGGGUUCGGGAGGCCCAGGGCCAGCGGGACCAGGUAUUGGGCCACGAUCUCGGCGUCCGUCGGGUCGAACUUCAACACUGCUGGGGUGCCUGGGUCGAAGCCGAACCUGCUCGCUUCCAUAAGAUACCGGCACUGCUAACUAGUUCCUCUUUUGUUUCUUUGUUGGCUGAUCGAAUUUUUUUGAUGUAUCGAUUGAUAUGAAUCGAUCGAUUUGGUUUCCGGUGUGGUUUGAGUAGAGCUGGAUGUAUAUAGGCCCGGCCGGGAAUACGAUGCCGACUCGGGGACGAACUGCGCUCACGGAGAGGGCUACUCCUAGGACGAGUCGGACACACUCACACACAGGAUCCAGUUAAUCACAAGCUGCGAACUAUUCCCUCCGUUUCAUAUUUCUUGUCGAAAUAUUACACGUACCUAAACGUUUUUU